AUGAUCUCAAGAAAGAGAAGUUAUGGAUUUUACGAGCUGACGAACCUUGAGUCAGAUAUAUGUGUAAAACAAGGAAAGCUCACAACACUGUGUGCAUUCGCACAAUUCAUGGAUAAUGCCCCUCAUGAAGUGGUACUACAGAUUACAGAAUUAUUGGAACGAAAGGAUCUUUUAAAGCUAGCCUCUACAAGUAAACAACUGAGAAACCAGCUCCUGCCUUACAUCUUCGAUAAGGUCAAAUGCUCGUGGCACGACCUGCUUCACGAUUGGAAAUCGCCAUGCGGCGUCUGUGCGCCUAUUUCGUGCCCCCAACUGGUGGAAACCAUGCGUAUUUCGACCUCGUGCUCGAAAAAUGAAUGGGCGUUCCCGUUCCACGUUUUGUUUGAUCCCGUAACGCGCAUGAUAAAUCUGAAAAGCCUCGAGCUUCCGACGUCUGGAUCGACGAACUUCUUCAAAUAUUGCAACACAGUCCCGUUUUUGCUAAGCCUGCGAGUUGAUGCCGAACGCAGCGAUUCUGAGUUCUCCUUGGAACACAUCCAAAACUUCCCGGCUCUACAGGAGCUCGCACUCAGCAAUUUUCGCAUUGAAGAUUAUGAAAGCACCACAACUGAUCUUUGCCCUAAUCUGAAAAGCGUUACGCUGAUUAACUGCACAUGGAGCUAUCCAUUCAGCCUAGAGAGCUUUGGCAAGGACAAGAUCACCGUGCUCCACCUAAUCUACUCCAGCAGUUUCAUCAUUAGCGAGCGCUUCAGGCACUUUCUCUCUUGCCCUGGUUUUACCAGAUUGGAGGAGCUGUGGAUAGUAAACAACGAAAACAACUUACGACUCACUAUAUCGGUGCAGAUAAUGACUCUGAUAAGAGCCAUGCCAUCAUUAAAGGUCUUGAAACUUGCUGGAAAUGUUUACAAUGAAGCAUUGAUUCGCGCCACUGGGCCGAAAAGUCCGAAUCAUACCAACGUCGUUGCGGUGCAAGAUGUUAAGAUUCUCUACUCUAGCUUUUUGCGGGACAUACGCUAG